GGUGGCCAAAGCCAUGUGUGCUAAGCGGAGACACUGGUUUAGUCUUUAUUCUCAGUGUCUUACACGUGCUGCAUAUUCAGCUGUCAUGUUGUGUUAGUACAGUGUGCUCCAGCUUAGGGGCUGUAUAAUGCUGAGACUGGAGAAGCUUUACCAAGUAAUGUUUAAAGACUGACCAGCUAUGUUAUCUCUGUGGUCUAUAUUAGUGUGUUUUUUUUCUGCAGUAUUGCUGAAUCACACGCAUUACCACAUAUUUCCUUCAUGCAUCUUCCUGUAUCAUUGGAACCUCUCUAUAUUAGAGUGAAGAAAAUGUCAGUCUGCCUACAUGAGAAUCGCAAGUCCAGAGCCAGCACUGGCUCUAUGAACAUUUAUCUUUUCCACAAAUCCUCCUAUGCGGACAGUGUCCUAACGCACCUUAACCUCUUACGCCAACAAUGUCUCUUUACGGAUGUCUUACUCCUGGCAGGGAACAGGUCUUUUCCAUGCCACAGAGCUGUCCUUGCUGCUUGCAGUCGUUAUUUUGAAGCUAUGUUUAGUGGUGGACUUAAAGAAAGCCAGGCAAAUGAGGUAAAUUUCCAUAAUGCCAUCCAUCCAGAAGUUUUAGAACUCCUCCUGGAUUAUGCCUAUUCGUCUAGAGUCAUCAUCAAUGAAGAGAAUGCAGAAUCCCUUCUAGAAGCUGGAGAUAUGUUAGAGUUUCAAGACAUCAGAGAUGCAUGUGCUGAGUUCCUGGAGAAGAACCUUCAUCCAACUAACUGUUUAGGCAUGUUGCUGCUAUCUGAUGCUCAUCAGUGCACUAAACUGUAUGAGUUGUCUUGGAGAAUGUGCCUAACUAAUUUCCAAACCAUUUGUAAGACAGAAGACUUCAUGCAGCUGCCUAAAGAUCUGGUGGUUAAGCUCUUAUCCAAUGAAGAGCUGGAAACUGAGGAUGAGAGAAUGGUGUAUGAAACCGCAAUGAACUGGAUUAAUUAUGAUCUAAAUAAAAGGCUAUGUUACCUAUCUGAGUUGCUGGAAACUGUCAGAUUAGCUCUAUUACCAGCUAUUUAUCUUAUGGAGAAUGUAGCCAUGGAAGAGCUUAUCAUUAAGCAGAAGAAAAGUAAAGAACUGGUAGAAGAAGCAAUAAGGUGCAAAUUAAAGAUAUUACAAAAUGAUGGUGUUGUUACAAGUUUGUGUGCCAAGCCUCGUAAAACUGGACAUGCUUUAUUUCUUCUAGGUGGACAGACUUUUAUGUGUGAUAAACUUUAUCUUGUAGACCAAAAAGCAAAAGAGAUAAUACCCAAGGCAGACAUCCCAAGUCCUAGGAAAGAAUUCAGUGCUUGUGCUAUAGGUUGCAAAGUUUACAUCACUGGAGGCCGGGGUUCAGAAAAUGGUGUUUCUAAGGAUGUUUGGGUCUAUGAUACACUCCAUGAAGAGUGGUCAAAGGCUGCCCCUAUGCUUGUUGCAAGGUUUGGCCAUGGCUCUGCUGAGCUUAAGCACUGCUUGUAUGUGGUAGGAGGCCACACAGCAGCUACUGGGUGUCUCCCUGCCUCUCCCUCAGUGUCAUUAAAGCAAGUUGAACAGUAUGACCCAGCUACCAACAAAUGGACAAUGGUUGCUCCUCUACGUGAAGGUGUGAGCAAUGCUGCAGUGGUCAGUGCAAAGCUUAAAUUAUUUGCAUUUGGAGGAACUAGUGUGAGCCAUGAUAAGUUGCCCAAAGUUCAGUGCUAUGAUCCUUGUGAAAACAGGUGGUCAGUACCAGCCACUUGCCCCCAACCUUGGCGAUACACAGCUGCUGCAGUUCUUGGAACACAGAUCUUCAUCAUGGGUGGAGAUACAGAAUUCUCAGCUUGUUCUGCCUACAAAUUUAAUAGUGAAACCUAUCAGUGGACUAAAGCAGGAGAUGUGACUGCUAAACGAAUGAGCUGUCACGCUGUUGCAUCUGGUAAUAAACUGUUUGUAGUUGGAGGCUAUUUUGGGAUCCAGAGAUGUAAAACGUUAGACUGUUAUGACCCAACUCUUGAUGCUUGGAACAGCAUAACUACAGUACCUUACUCCCUUAUUCCUACUGCAUUCGUCAGCACAUGGAAACAUCUCCCGUCCUAAAGCAAAGCACACUGACAUGACCUCAGCUGUGAAGGUUCCAGACCAGCUCUGAGAAAAUGAAGACUGAGACUUUUAAGACUUCAAGGGUUGCACACAACAAACCCUUUUCAACCUCACUCAAAUGAAAUGGAUUUCAAGCAAACAAAAAAAAAAUCACUGUUGCUCUGUGAGCUGGUAGGAACCUAAACAUCAGUAUUAACCACUUUUGGUUCCAGUGUCUGCUACAAAAUAACAGUGCAGAGUUAUGCUGUCAAAUUUUAAGGGUUUUGCCUUCUAAAAGAUGGAUAAAUAAACCGGUUUGUGAAUUACAUAAUUCUGGAGCUGUGAAGACCACGCUGUUUGUGAAAUGCCUGUAAGAAUCCACACAAUGCUCAUAUAAAGGGGCAUCUAAACAGCUAUCAUGUUAAAGUCCAUGCAUGUAUAUUCAACAACAUAUAGGUCACCAUGAUUACAAGAAUUGCUCAACACUAGUCGUGUUGAUUAAACUCACUGUUUAUUGCAUAGUCAGCAUCAACAUUGUGAAAACAGCAGAAAAAAACCCCCUGAACAAAUACUGGAAGUCUUUAUAUAGAGAUCCCUUCACCAUUUCAUUUGCCUAUUUAUAUGACUCGAUUUCUUAAUACAUUCCAUGUUGUCUAUUUAUUGUCCUGUGCUGUCUGCAUGCUGAUACAAUACCUGUGGUUGUAUUCACAUGUGAGAAGCCUGAUUUGAAUGUGGGAGUGUUUGGGGCAAGCAGCAAUGGGGAAGGAGCACAAAGAAAUUAUACGCAGUAGUCUGUGUGAAGUAUGGACAUGCAUACGUAUUGAAGGUGUAGAACUGUUAAAAUAAAUAUAUAUAUAUAUAUACCGUAUAUACACUUCCAAAGUAUUGAAUUUAGCAAACAAAAAAUCCAGGUAUAAUUUGAAGAGCUUUAUUAACCUUUUAGCAAGUUUGCAGUAAAGACGGCUAAAAACAUAAUUAUUUUACAAUUACUUAAACGGACAUUAAAAGUAAUAUUUGUUGCAUUGAUAAAUAGGGGAAAAAAUUAUUUCCCUAUGUUGGAAAAAUAAUAAUUUUUGUGGUUAUGCUUGUAGGGCUUGUCAUUGUCAGAGUUGUAGGGGUCGUCUUUAUCAGCUAGUGAGAUUCUGUCCCCAUGGUCCUGCUGUGCCCAAACAUGCACUUCCUGAUAGUUUCACAGUCAAAAUAGCAUUAAAUGAACCUGUUUAUUUUUAGUACAUCCGCGCAAUUGACAGUUUGUUCACUGCUGAAUGCGGAUGAAGGAGGCAGCUCGCGGCAUUCUGCUCUUUUUGGCGCCAGAUUUAUUCUUGUGAAAGUGCAACACACUAAGGUCUGGAUUUGCGCAGAUCUUAGUGUAAUUCACUUUCACAAGAAUAAAUCUGGUGCCAAAAAGAGCUGAUUGCCGUGAACAGCCACUGCCUUCCGCAUUUGGCAGUGAAUUAAACUAAUCUAUUUUUAUCAUGUAGAAAUAGUGCUCUUUCAAAUGCAUGGUAGAAAUGUGUUGCAUUUAAUGGCCCUUUAAUGUUUGUUAUAAGUAAGAAGAGACCUGAGGACCAAAUUCAGUCCAUAGAGGCUUUUUAAGCUUUUCAUUCGUAGCAGAAAUUAUUCAAAAUUUUACCCCAGAAAACAUCCUCUUUUACCCAACAAAAUACAUGCAAACCCUUGCACCCCAGUCCAUUCUCCCUUUAAACUUCAGUGUCCUUAAAAGAAAAUUCUGGAUUUAAUUACAUUUGCUGUGGGUCGUUUAUAGGAAUUAAAAGUGCAAUUUGGCCCUUUGAGGAGUUGUGGACACAUGCAGGCAGCCUUUUUAAAAAUAAGUAUUAUAUAAUUAUUAUUUUUUGCCCCUUAUUUAGGCCAAUGUGGCAGUUCUGAGCUAUACUUAUUCCUUAUUGUAUGCAUGUCCAGGCUUCUAACUUAAUACUUAAAACCAUUUAAAAUGUUCUGUCACUAAUAUCUUUAACAACUUACAACACAAAUCAGAAAACCAUCUGUGUCAGGAAGAACUUGUCAAUACAUUUGGUAGGUAACAGAGAGGGCACCAACCGUCUAGUAAAGCCCUGACUGGAGCAUUUGAAGUACAUUGGACACCACUACAAAGUAUUGCAUGUUUAUUUUUAAGUGCUAUGUUAUGUGUGUUCUGUACACCGGCUGCUUAUUUAGCUUUCCAAAUUAAGGGAGGGCCUGAAGAGCUGGUCUCCACAAGUUCUGAAUUAGUUAAAUGGACAUUAAACUAACAAAAUGUAUUUCCCUAAGCAAAUGAAUUAAAAUCACAAUGUAAUAUGCAUUCAUUAUUUAUCUGGUUUGCUUUGUUACAAAUAUAUAUAUAUAAUUCUGAAAAAUGUUACACUAUACUACAGAGUUUGACUUUCAGCAUGGAACAAGCACAGUUUUCUUAGUAAAUAAUUUUAAUUUUACAGCAUAAGCAAACAAAAUAGAUAAUGAUUGUAUAUAUUGCGUUUUAAGUGAAUUAUAGUUUUGUGUUUAUUGUCCCUUCAAAGUAAAUCCUCAUCAAAAUAAGAAGUUUUUUUUUUUUUUUUUUUUAGUUUUUCUUUUCUUUUUAUUACAAUUUUUAUUUACAGCAAUUCCAGUUUGUUGCGUAUUUUCAAGCACUGGAUUGGUUAACGUAUGUUGUACUCCAACAGAUGAAACAUGAAAUAGAAGCAGUUACACGUGCAAUUUUUGUGUAUGAAAAAUAUUAAUAAAAAAAGUCAAUUAAAACUACCAGGAAAUUUAUGUUCACAUAUGAUAGUUAUGUAAACACUCACUGACUGAUAGAGCAACUCCCACUGAUCUGUUGCUAGAGAGGGGCUUACAUUGACAAUACUGGCAAGAAUAGUUGAUUUAUUUAGCACAUAAUCACCCAUUUUUGCUAAAAAACAAAAAAACAAACAAAGAUCCCCUGCACAAAGUAAAAAUACAUUUAAGAACUCCAAUCUGAAAGGUCAUGAUGAGCUUGAGCAAUGGCUUCUUCAAAUAGACUUGGUUACAAAAGAAGAAACUCUUAAAUUACACGGAGGUAAAAUAAGUAGUGUAGAAGGUCAUUUUCUCAGGCCACCAGCUCUGCAGGUCAUACCUAUUCUGCACAAACUGUUUGGAUGCAAUGUUCAGUGUUAAUGUUCCCUCUCUUUGGAAAAUCUUCCUUUACCUGCAUGUUGUCAUUAAGUCUUAAAGGAAAAAAAUAAGCACAUUGUCUGCUUGUCAUAUUGGUAUUGGCAUUAUCUGUUAUUUAUUUAUUUAUUUAUGUUAACUGAGCGAUUUUUGCCAAAACCAUUUGUAUGUGAAUGAUUGGAAGUUUUUGUUGCGUUGCUUUUACCUUAAAUGGAUUUUUGUGAUUUAAAUAAAGUUGCACUGUUUUGGAUUUUUCUCAAAUGUUGUGCCUGUUUAUUUUUUUUAUAUAAAUGUUUUUGAAAUAAAUAAAUGGUUACUUGAAAUUUA